AUGGCCAUGAUGAGAGCAGUUGUCAUUCAUGAAGCAGGCGGACCCGAAGUCUUAAAAGUUGAAAGCAUUCCGAUCCCAACUCCAGGAGAAGAUGAAGUUCUCAUUCGGGUCAAAGCGUUUGGCCUAAAUCGCUCCGAAAUGUUCACCCGUCAGGGACAUAGUCCAGGAGUCAAAUUUCCUCGCGUCCUUGGUAUCGAAGCGACCGGAGAAGUGGAAAAAUGCCCUGGUCACCAAUUCAAAGUCGGACAGAAAGUCGCAACCGCCAUGGGAGGAAUGGGUCGAGAUUUCAAUGGCGGAUACGCCGAGUACACCUGUGUCAAAGCCGGCAACGUGCAAGCCCUGGAUAUUGAUCUCGACUGGACUGUCAUUGGAGCAGCUCCGGAGAUGUUGCAGACAGCCUACGGCAGUUUAUUCAAGGCGCUUCGUUUGACCUCAGGGGACCGCCUCCUGAUCCGCGGAGGGACCACCUCUGUUGGGCUCGCCGCGGCUGCCAUGGCCAAAAAUCAUGGCUGCUUUGUUGCUGCAACCACUCGAAGCUCUGAAAAGUCGACUGCAGACUUGAUGCGGAACACUGGAGUGGAUCAGAUUAUGAUCGACAAUGGAAGAGUGGCAGAAGAGGUGAAGGAAAAGAAAUUCGACAAGGUUUUGGAAUUGGUCGGCACCACUACUCUCGAAGAUUCCCUAAAGUGUGCCACUGACUUUGGGAUUGUGUGCAUGACUGGUAUAGUGGGCAAUAAGUGGACCAUGGACAACUUCACUCCCAUGAAUGCAAUCCCCAGCACCGUCUGUUUGACGGUCUAUGGCGGCGGUUCAAAAGAAGUCAAAGAGACGCCUCUUAAUGACCUACUAAAGCAGAUCAAAGCGGGAACUCUGCCUCUCCGGAUUGGCAAGGUCUUCAAGCUAGAUGAGAUAGUUCAAGCACACGACACCAUGGAGAAAAACCUCGCCCGUGGGAAAAUCGUCGUCUUGACCGAGUAG